CUUCAACUACCUAAUAAAUCAAGCGACUCUACAAUACAAUACAAUAAAUUCUACAUGUUGUCGUAAAUUCUCAUCGUGCUACUUUUUUUUUCAAAAAAAAAAAAAAAAAUUAAAAAAUUGACGCCAUGUCGAAGCGUUUGUUCGCGAACGUCGAGUCUAAUGAUAGCUCUCAGAACGCGACAUCAAUCUCUGAAAUUUUAAAGCAUGCUGAAGAUUUGCUAAAAUCAGCCAAGGCUUUGAAUGAAGAGCUUCAACAAUUUCGUGAUGUUCCUAGUACAAAUGAUGCAAUAGCUUCAGUACUAAAAUGCCACAAUAAGAAGAUAUUACCUGUCGCGCAACUACUCGAACAAGAUGAGAAAAAUGCUCUUGGCCAAGAUAGCCCUCGACCUUCCAAAGCCCGCAAGCUUGGAGAUGAAAAGGAUUCCAAAACUUCGCUCGAAGUUGAAAAAAUCCCCAUGCCAAAUCCAGUGUCAUUGACUCGAUGGACACCGGAUGAUAUACCAAGUUCUGGCCUGCCCCCCUUACCCGCUAUUGUAAACCCAGCUUUCGAGCGGGCAGCACUUACUCAUCAGGGAAUGGCAACAGAUCAAAAUAUGAGUUAUGAGAGGCUCGAAUGGGUUGGCGACGCCUAUCUCUACCUCAUGUCUACAGCUUUCAUCUUCCAAACCUUCCCUAACCUAUCUGUCGGAAGAUGCGCUCAGCUGCGGGAGAGGCUUGUCAGGAACGAGACUUUACUAAAUUAUACCAUAAAGUACGGCAUCGACAAGCGCGCGGUAUUUCCUGCAGAGUUUGGAGCCCCCCAAAAGCCCGAGGCUCGGCAAGGGGCAUCUGAGGCGGCAAGAAAAAAGGCGCUUGGCGAUCUUUUCGAAUCUUACGUCGCAGCUAUCAUUUUGGCAGACUCGGAUAACCUGUCACGCGUAUCAUCCUGGAUGAAGUCGCUUUGGAGCACGGAACUGGCGCAUGAGAUUCAAGCGGAAUUCAGGAGCAAGUUAAGUUCCAGACAAGGGGAUCUAAACGGAAAAGUUGAUAAAGAUGGAGAUAACAGAAGUGCGAAACAAGACUUGCCCCCUAAAGUCCUAUUAAACACAGCUAUCGUCGUCAGCGGGGUUAAACUUUCAUACAACGAUGUGGGUGAGCCGAAGAAAGACAAACAUUUGGGUCUUCCAUUACAUACCGUAGGCGUGUUCCUCAACGGAUGGGGAGAAAGCAACCUACAGUUGGGUAUCGGGAGCGCGUUAUCAAAGAAAGAAGCAGGAAAUAACGCAGCGCGUGCGGCAUUGGACAAUAAGAAACUCAUUGAACGGUUUCGGCAGAAGAAGCAAGAGUAUUUAAUAGCCAGAGAGAAAAGCUUGGCCGAGCCGGGAGCGCAACAAGAGUAUGAUAACUGGUCGUAACUGAAAUAUUAUUGACUUUUGAGUUUCGGGGCAACAAAUUAUUCGUCCAUGAUUGCAAAUACUGUACCUACCUACCUACCUACUCCGUAUCGCACAUAUGGAAAUCGAGUUUCACGAUGUCUACAUAGGUACAGGUACCUAAAACGCAUGGAUAAACUAUCUGUCCGCGGAGUUCAAGUGCCACACCCAGACGGCGGAAACUACACCUUGGAAGUACGUGAUAUCUUGUUAUCUGCGAAUGAAACCAAUUUUAUUAUCAUGAUAAUCAUGUUACAUACGAUGUAGUAUAGGAGGUACCUGUCGUUCCAUCUGAAGUCGUCUUCUUCACGUGCAAUCCAUCGGAAUACGGAAAACAGAAAGCUUAGCGCUAAUUUAAACAAAUCCCCACCAAUAAACCCCAAAGCGUAUCAGGUCAACAUUGGCACGCGAACGGCCACCACCGAAAUCGUACAGUUAGGUACAUACGCAUUGCAUACAGAAAAGAACCUUACCUUGGCCCUUGCCUUAGGUACCUACCCCUAGUAAAAGAAAUGGAUCCAACUUUUGCACCGAGGCAAUUGCAUUCCCUCAACACCCGAAAAUAUUGAAAAGU